ACGUCACAUCCGGUCCGGUGACAACGCCGAGCGCCAAAAUCAACUUAUUUAUUUUGAUACAACAGACAUUUGUGAUGUGUACAACGGUGGGCGCUGGAGAAAUAAUCAUCCUCAGUGAUGAUGAUGAUGUUGAGGAAUGCCUUGAAGAUGACAUAUCCUGCAGUGAACCCUCAGUUCUCAUCGUGGAUGUGGAGGACAAAGACGUGAAGAAUAUUGACUGUGCUUUAUCUCCCACUGCACUGGAUGAAGACCUGGUUGUUACCUUCUCCCGCCGUGCUGAGGUGCUGCCUCACGCUCGCUAUGACUGUCCCAUAUAUCCUUUCACGGCUACAGACUGUGUCGUCGACACUCAUGUGGCCAGUAACCAACUCAUGUGUGAUCAGUGCUUCUGCUACAUCUGCGACAAGCUGGCGUCAACAUGUUCACUGUGGUGUAAGAGCAGUGUGUGUCACUGCAACAGCCACAAGAGGAGUGAGUUCUGGAGCAACCUCAGAAACAUCCAGCUGUUGGGAGAACUGAACAGUUUCAACCUCACUCUGUCUGAAAUAGAUGAUCACCUCCGACAUGCAGAGACAAUGCUGCACAGCUUCAGACAAGGUCUCUCUACAGAGUUUUUUUCCUUCCUGAGGGGAAAGAUUACUCAGGAAGACGGUCCGAGUCAAACGAACCAGCGAGUCCUCGUCUACGAUUACACACCUGUGUACAAGUUUGUGUCAUCGUUCCUGGACGAAGCGGACAAACAGGGCGGCAGAGCUGCUGCCAUCAUGAGACUGGGAGCCGCUAAGGAGAUUGUUAAACAUUUUCAAAUCUCGGGCAACUGCUCCUUACUCUCUCCCAUGGCUAGUGUUGAGCAGGCUAAAGUGGCAUUAAUGCAGAGGGUAAUAACGUCCUUGCAGACACAGAUGGUGUUAGCUGGUUUUACGCUAGAGUUCACCCACAAACUUCAGGAUUUUUACAAGACAUACAUUUCCCCUGCUGCCCUGAAGGGCACGAGAGACAGCCUGUGUGUUCGUCCUUGGGAUGAUGUCCUGCUAGUGUCUGUGCUGAAGGGGCAGAACGUGUCGGGUGUCCGCAAAGACAAAGGCAAGAAAGAUGUCCUGAUUGAACACAUUACUGUAGUUCGAUUGCGAACAGAAGAACUACAGCGACAGCAGAGGUACAGAGAAUUGUGUCGCUACCUGCGAGUCGUCCAGACUUAUGGUUCCGGACCUAGCCUCCAGCAGGUACAAGACCUCAUCCCAUUCUUCAAGUGCAUGGAAGGGGACUUGAUGGCUGCUCUGCACAGUUUGUUCCCCUUAGUGAAUGCCCCCGCCUCCCGCUUCACUCCACGUCUCUUCCUCUUUUAUUUACGCAUCUUUAACACAGGAACAGCGCCAAAGCUGACUGUCAGUCACACACCCGCACAGCUCUGCUAUCCUGAUGCAGUUUGGGAGCCAAUUAAAGAUGCUGUGCCACUGACGCGUACUGCGCUGGUGAGGUAUGCUCUCGGUGUUCAAAAAAGCUGCUCUGAUGUCUUCAAUGAUUCUGAGUGUUGGACCCAAUUACUCACUAUCGUCAACACACCUUGUGGGUCACUCACCGCUCUUCCAGCACCGAGCCCGCAGUUUCUACAAGAAGCGAAGGAUGUUGUGAAUUCGAUACUGCUCGACAAGCUUGGGUUAAACAUACAGAUCCCACGAUUCUUUCAGGAGGUGUACCCAGAUCAAGCAAUGUUGCUGUUGGUAACAGGGGCUUUAGGUUUGAGAAUCCUUAAUGCUGCUCUGAGUCCAGCCAUCCCUGUGCUCAAUACAUUUAAGGGUAAUGAGUGGGCUCUCGAAUGGCUGUGGGAAAGUUUGUCCUCCAGCAAAGAACGCCUCAACUCCUUCUUACUUGAGAUCGUACAGGAGCUGGAAAACACAACAGAUGAGGAUUCUUUGUUACCCUUUCUUCUUGCCAUUGUACCCUCUCUGCCUUCUUCAACAGAGACCUGGGACCACACCUACUGCAGUCCAGUGGCAGUUAAACUGUACUCCUCCCAAGUGAAGGCCCCGUCGCAGUGUCAGCUGCCUGAUCCUCUCUUGCAUUGUUAGCUCCAUUUGCACAUAAAACCAAACUCUGGGCCUGACUUCGUGCUGAUGUUCCUGGCAAACUCUCUCCUAGACUGGGUCCAGUAGUCUACAGUGAAGAACUGGAUGAGCGACAGAUGAACGUGUGUUGGACAGCGGUUCAUACAUAUACAGAAGUCAAUUUACCUGGACCGACCAGGUGUCAAUAGACGGAUGAAGAGACUUUAAACACAUCCUCAUUGUUAUACAGCACAAUAACAUUGUAGAGACACUUAAUGUUGCUACAUUCCUUAAUGACUUGAUCAGUGUUUGCUUAGUAUGCUGAUGGUCUAAACUGGAAACAAGUUUAUUUCUGCACUGUGUGGGUUUUUGUUUUAUUUUUAUUAAGCUGUGUUUAUGUUAAUCACUGUAUGGACAAUACCUCUGGAUAUCUCACGUAUUUUAAACGAAAUUAUGUGCUGGUAAAUAAAUGUGAACAUUGACAGGGAAAAAAAGGAAAAUAAAGAGUUUGUUGCUCAGGA